GCUCACUUUGCAUUCACUACUUCACAGUCAUUGCAUAGGCUCUCCCUUGCUCUCCUAGAUCUCUUCACGCACCGUCAUCAUCACAAGAUACGCGGUCUCCUCAAGACUCAACGCAAACAAACAUGCCUCCGGCACCCAGUCAUACAGGUUUAACAUCUACGCCUGGGAUACCUUUGUCUGGGCAUCCACAUCUGUCGCCGACGCUCCUCUGGUCUCUCGUUGCGAUUAUCCUCGUGAACGUGCUACUACUUGUUCUCUGGUUCAUCACUCGGUAUCGUCGCGCGGCGGCUCGGAAGGCCGAAAUUUUAGGUCUGCAAGAAGCGAGCACCUCAGCGGGCGCGCCACGCGUUCGAAGGUUCUGGUCGUGCGGUCUUUCGCGGUUCACUCGGAGGACAAGUGAAGUCGGAGGAGCUAUGGAAACCGCCGAGCCCAAGGCAGAUUCGAGCGUCUCUGAAACGCUCAGCGAGGCGGACCUCGAGGCGGGCAUGGUGGUUGUCCUUGAGGAGGCAUCCUCACCUCAGAAAGACAGCGAUAAACUCCAUCUUUCCCCUGCCUGGCAGUACCCUCACCUGGAGGUGCAUUCGGAGCCUGGCACCCCCGCUCUCACUAUCGGCACGAGCUGCAGGAGCACGCCCGAGCCUCUGCAAGACACCGUCUCCACCUUCUCCGUCUACUCUCAGGCAUCCUGGCCAGACGACUACUCGGCUUUCAUGCGGUGCGACCCCAUCGUUGGCGGAACUGGAAUCACCGAGAAGGCGGACCUCGGUAUGAAACUGGACGAGGAAACGAAUCAGGGAUCUGACAAGCAGGCGACGCACUCGGAGGUCUCUAGAAUCAUCGUUGAAGACCCGGACUUUUUGCCCACGACGCUCUCCAACGGCUCGCCCGGUACGAGCUUCGCAUCGGAACUCUUCCAGGACUCGAAACCUGAGCCCGCGUUCGAGCUGGCGGUCGCUGCGGUGGAAUCAUUGCCUUUGGGUCUUGACAAGCUUGCGUGGGCCUCUCCUGUUCCCUCUGUCUCGAACGCGGCCAGUCUUCCACCGGACAUCCUGCUCAACGGCGCUACCUUCUCUGCACUGUCUCCUCCACGGGUCCUCCACCUCUGUGGGGAGCCUUUUUCCGCCUCGUUCUCACUCGCGGUUUCUGGGGAUACUCGGAAGGUCGGCACCGAUGUGUCUGCGUACACGAAGUUUCGGACAAUGCCUUCGCAUUUAUCGUCUCCCUGGUCGACUUUCAGGGCUCUCGCUGAGCACUCGACCGACGCCUGAACUUGGCUUCGUUAAACUCCAGAGGACCACUCGAUUCACAUUCUUCCCGACUUCAACAUCAAUCCGCAAGAUUCUCCUCGCGCUUGGAUCCCGUCUGCAAGCUUUACCGUGACCUCUCGGCUUUCCGGCUUUCCGGCUUUCUGAACGCUCCAAAUCAUUGCGCUACCCUGCCCUGCCUGUCGUCCCAAGUUCUCGACGCUGUCCUCGUUUGGCUCGCUCUCGCUGGUUUCUCUUUCGGGCUUUAAGCGGUUCGGUUCAAGCUGAUAUCUUGUACAGUAUGAUACUACUUCUGCGUCUUUAGGACGACCUACCGUAAUCAUGUCGAUUUCUGCGGCUGCGCAUCUUUAGUGCCUUCCGAUACAACAGUGUGCCCUACCGUCAGAGUAGGGCUGUAUGAAUACCAUGGCACGGA